AUGCGUGAGCAUGGCUUUUUCUACACCUCGCUCGACGAGCUCCUCGUCCUCAACGUCACGCUUGUCUCUACCUCCGACAUUCACACCAACAUGGCCACGUCGACCGACGAAGAGAUCAGUGCUCUGCUGCAACAAAUCGCCGUGCAGGGGCAGGACUGGAAGAAAGGGACCGCCGGAGCACGAGAAGCCUUACUCGAUAGCGCUUCUCGCUUACGCUCUUCCCUCCUGACACCCCUCGAGACGCUGCUCUUGACGCAAUGGUCCCAGCCCACAGUCAACGCAGCGCUGCUACUCGGAACGCAAAUCGGGCUGUUCGAAGCCCUGGCAGCGCAGAAUGGAGCACCAAAGUCCAGCAAAGCGAUCGCCGACCUGACCACUCCCUCCGCCGAGCCCUUGCUCGUCGCCCGCAUGCUCCGUCUCCUCGCCUCCACUAAUUAUGUGCGAGAAACCGAGGCCGACGUCUUUGCUCCAACGCCCUUUGCCAACGCCAUGACGCAGCAAGGCUACAAGGAUACGGUCUACCUGAUGUGCACCAAUUUCCAGCACGGCCAUACGAAUGUCGCCGAAUACUUCAAGCAAAAUGGGUACAAGAGCCCGGACUCGGUGCUCUUCACGCCCCUCUCCCACGCCCUCGGCCUCAAAGACGUGUCAGUGUAUGAGUACUGGGGCAAACUCAACCCCAAAGCGGGAGCCAAGUUUGCAAGCUGCAUGGCCACGUACACCUCCGACCGGCCCGCUUGGUUCCAGGAAGGCUACUACCCCGUCAAAGAUCGAUUGAUCACCGGUGCACGCUCUGGCCCGACUGAGACGUUCAUGGUAGAUUUGGGUGGUAGCACAGGCCAUGAUCUCACACGGCUUUUGCAGGCUUUUGGCCCGCAAAUACCAGGCAAGCUGGUGCUGCAGGAUCGGCCGGAGGUCGUCAAAUUGGCGGAGAAAGAAGCUGCACCGGAGGUGGUGAAGAUGCCGCAUGACUUCUUCCUUGAGCAGCCGGUGACCCGCGCAAGAGCAUACUACUUCCACUCCAUCGUCCACAACUGGCCCGACGAAGACGUCCUCUCCAUCUUCCGCGCCCUCGUCCCCGCGCUGGAGAAAGGCUACUCCAAAGUCAUCAUCUGCGAUGCCGUGCUGCCCAACAAGGGCGCGCAUUGGCUGGCGACGGCGAUGGACUGGGAAGUCAUGACCGCUCUGGCGUCGCGGGAGAGGACGGUGGAGGAGUUCACGGCGUUGCUGGGGAGCGUGGGGUUGAAGAUUACGGGCAUUUUCACGCAUCCGCAGGCUGUGGAUUCGAUUGUUGAGGCGGAGCUUGCUUGA